AUAUCCUCAAUAAUUCCAAAAAUCCAGUCCAGCUCCCUUGCUCGGUCGCUCUUCCACCGGCUAGCUCUCUGCACCGCCGUGGAGAUUCGAACCCAAAAGCUUGAGCGAAUCACCGAGGAGCUUAUUGGCCUCAACAAGAUCGAGCGCCAUGAUUACGUUACACUAUUUCGUCAUAUUAAAAUGGGCUUGAAUCGGUUCGGCGUCGCUGCCUCCGCACCCGCCACCCAAUCGCCUUCGACAGCCGCCCUUGCUGCCGCCAAAGAGAAGACAACGUUCGAUGUGAAAUUGGAGAAAUUCGAGGCUUCGGCGAAGCUAAAGGUGAUUAAGGAGAUAAGGUCUUUCACUGAUUUAGGGUUAAAAGAGGCGAAUGAUUUGGUGGAGAAAACGCCCGCCGUGGUGAAGAAGGAUUCGGGCAGAGCCUCCUCCACACGGUGUUCCCGUCGGAGCUCUACAACGCCAUCCAACUCUACCUGAGCUCCUCCGCGUCCAUCGCUGG